CCCCAUCCGAGAUUUGACAAUUUCAGCAACGUAGAGUUUUGCGGCGGCAGCAGCAGAAGAAGAAAAUGGGGGUGGGGGAAGGUGAGGCGACGAAUUCGCAAGGCGAAGUGGAAUCAGGGCACAAGAACAGCCACCCGUUCUCGUCGCUGGGACGACAAUCGUCGAUAUACUCGCUCACGCUCGACGAGUUCCAGCACACGCUAUGCGAGAGUGGCAAGAAUUUUGGGUCCAUGAACAUGGACGAAUUUCUCAGCAGCAUCUGGAACGCCGAGGAGAGCCAAGCCAUUAACUCUAACCAUAAUAUUAACGCUAACAACAGCAGCAACAACAACACAGGCUUGCCUCUGAAUGAAACAAACGCUGAAAAAGGAGUGAUCAGGAAGCAGCCAAGCCUUCCUCAUCAGGGUUCUCUGACGCUCCCGGCGCCGCUCUGUAGGAAGACGGUGGAUGAAGUUUGGUCUGAGAUACGCAGAGGACAGCAGGGUCAUCAGAGCAAUAGCGGUAGCGCCAAUGGCAAUGCGCAGAAUACCGAAUCUGCCCCUCGCCAGCCCACUUUUGGGGAGAUGACUCUCGAGGAUUUCUUGAUCAAAGCAGGCGUGGUUCGGGAAUCCUGUGCUCCGGCAAUGCCCGCCCAAGUCCAAGGCCCAGCCUCGACGCAGCAGCAGCCGCCCCCGCCGCCGUAUGGGAUGUACCCGAGCAACAACUCUACAAUGGGUCCCUCCUUUGUUGGUAGGCCCGUAUUGGCGGGCAAUGUGGUUCCGCCGUACCAGGCGGUGGCUCAGGGAGAGCCUUCUUCUGGGUACGCCGGGAAUGGGAAGAGGGAUAAUGGGUAUCCGCCACCGCCGCCGCCGUCGGGGGUUUGCUAUGGAGGGAGGGUGCUGAAUGGAGGCGGUGGGUAUGGGGCGACGGCGCCGACUAUGGGAAUAGGGGCACCGUUGAGCCCGGUUUCGCCGGAUGGGCUGGGAGCAAAUGAGAACUGUGGUGGUCAGUUUGGGGUAGAGAUGGGGAUGUUGAGAGGAAGGAAGAGGAUCAUCGAUGGUCCGGUGGAGAAGGUGGUGGAGAGAAGGCAGAGGAGGAUGAUCAAGAACAGAGAGUCGGCUGCGAGAUCCAGAGCCAGAAAACAGGCAUACACGGUUGAAUUAGAAGCAGAACUGAACCAAUUAAGAGAAGAGAACGCCCAUCUGAAACUGGCGCUGGCCGAGCUUGAGAGGAGAAGAAAGCUACAGAGUCUUGAGGAAGCAAACAUGAGAGUUCCUACCAAAGCUCAGAAGGCUAGAGAGAAAUUGAGGUCUUUGACAAGGAAUGUGAGCUGUCCUUUGUGAAGAACAUGCGUGCAUGAAGUAUGGUAGCCAGUGACCUCUGUAGAUUUCGUAUUUUAGUAAUUAGAGUUGUAACUUGGUAUAAUCAAAGAGCGAAAACAUCGUGAAGCAAAUAUAGUGGGAAGAAGGAAAAAUAGAGAGAACUCAGAAUGAAACCAGAACUAGGUAGAGGAUCUUGAGAUCAAGCUAAAUUACUGAAAUGCUUAAGACGGAGCUGUCUGUAUUAUUAAUGGCAUUCAAAAAUUCACCUGUGUGUGUGGGCGGGGACGUACCUGAUGUGUAUAUGUUCAUCUCGAUCUCAGCUAGUUUG